GGGGAAGGGAGGGGAGGAAGAGAGAAGGGGAGGUACAGGGCGAAAGGUCCUCGGCGGUGGGUGCUUCGGGGCGCGGGGAAGGGGCGGGGUGCGCAGAGCCAGCGCAGCAGAGUCCAGGCUGAGACAUAGUCCCGGGAGCAGCAGCAGCGGCGACAGCAGCAGCGGCAGCGGCGGCCAAAGCCAAGGCCAAGGCCAGGGCCACGGCCGCGGGACCGGAGAUGCUGCGGCUCCCGGAGGCUCGCUAACUUUCCACUAUAGGAGAGUCUGGGGGAACAAGGAAGAGCGCGCCGGCCUCGCAGACAGGGAUGCCGAGGGUCGUCUGUUAGUUGUGUUAGAGGGGUGUAAGCUUUGUAUUUCUUGGUGAGAGGACUGGCAGAUGUCCCAAGUGGGAGAACCUCUUCCUCCUGGGCCUGAAGGGCCAAAGCAUGGAGCUGAGUCUGAAAGCAACUUUUUGAUCUCACUCCCUGGGGAAAAAUGUGACCAAGACAAUACAGAGAGAGAUAUCACACCACCCACCAAUAGUCUAUUUAUGCAUGGAGAGAAUCAAGACCAGUCCAUCUGGGGAAAUCGUUCAGAUGGCGAUCUCAUCAGAACACAACCUCAACGCUUGCCUGAGCCCCAAACUUCAGCACAGGAACAAAGUGAGGAAGAAAUGGCCAAGAUAAAAAAUGGUCAUACAAAUUUGAGAAAUGGAAAUGGAAUCCACAAUGGGGUUAGACACGUAUCUAUAGAUAACAGAAAACUUUCUGCGCCUGUUUCACAAAAAAUGCAUAAAAAAAUUCAGUCCAGCUUGUCUGUAAACAGCGAUAUGAGCAAGAAGAGUAAAGUCAGCGCUGUCUUUUCUCAAAAACCAGGCUCAUCACCUGAAGAUUGCUGUGUUCACUGUAUCCUGGCCUGCUUGUUCUGUGAGUUCCUGACUCUCUGCAAUAUCGUAUUAGGACAGGCAUCAUGUGGCAUCUGUACGUCGGAGGCCUGCUGCUGUUGCUGUGGUGAUGAAGUAGGAGAUGACUGUAACUGCCCUUGCGACAUGGAUUGUGGUAUAAUGGAUGCCUGUUGUGAAUCAUCAGACUGUUUAGAAAUCUGUAUGGAAUGCUGUGGAAUUUGUUUCCCGUCGUAAAUAUUUAUCCCUUAUUUUAUUUUGUUCAAAACUGGAGUUUUUGUUGUUUUUUUAAAUUCUCCUAAUGGGGGGAAAAGCAUCACAAGAUUCUCAUGAAACAACCCAGUUGCUUGCACUGUUUCCUCCCUUUUUUUAAAGAAUCUUUCAAAACUCCAUAUCAUAACCAAAUGUGUAUGGUUUUAUGUGUGAAAUUUUAAACUACUUUUUUUUUCUUUAAUAGGUUGCUUUAAUUAAUGGGAGAUUUUGAAAGAAAAAAACACAGAUAUUCAUUUUUCUCCUACUUCUUAGCUAGAUUUGUGAUAACCAUUCCUAGGAGCCUCCUUCCUCCAAACACACUUAUUUCUAAACGAGUAUUUAAAAAAUAAAAUUUAUUUUUGUUAUUUGUCUACUAACGUUUAAAAUGAACUGUUCUUUGUAGUUUAAAUUAGAGAGAACAAACUCAAAGCUGUCUUAAAAACAAAAUUGUGGGAACUCAGGUCUCAGAGGCUUUCCACAUUUGUUACUUGAAGAAUUUAGUUUCUUUCAUACCAAACUUUAGAGGUCAAGAUGAAAACUCUGUACUCUUAAUCAGUUACAAUUAAAUAUACAUAGGCAUUUUAAAGCAGUAAAAAAUACAGUAUUUAGAAAAAAAUAUGUCAGCUAAGAUUUACCAAAAUGUGUAUCUUGUUAUAGCUGAUUAUAGUAUUUUUGGUUUCAUUAUGAGGUUUUAUGUUGAUAAAAGUAAAGACUUAUGAAGCUGAUACAGUAUAUUCAUAGUGGGGAAAUGCCAGUGCCAACAUGAGGAGCAGCACUGGUAAAUUUGCAGUUUAAUUUGAAACUGCCUUUUUUUGUGAGUGUUUGCAUUUCAGGAGUUGUUUUGGUUUCUGUUGGAUUUUAACCAAUUUUAAAACAACAGAUUACAUAAAGGGCAGUUAUUACAAACCAUUCCUUAACAAUGAAAUGGGAAUUCCUAUUUCUACCAUUGUGACUUCACUAGAUUUCAAGAUUUCCAGUCUUAAAAUUAACCAAAUCAUCAACUACACAUACUAUAUAUUCACCUUAUGUAUUAGGAAAGUAGGAAAAGACAAGGAGAGUUAUAGCUGAUUUGAGACUUGCAACAUUUGUAUAUGUUCUGUUAGAAUGAGGAGUGUGUUUUCCUACUAUGUGUUUCCUACUGUGUUUUGACUUUUUCCAGAUUGUUAAGUUUGGUUUAAUGUAAUUUUUUUGUAGAGGUUAUAGAAGUACAUUUUUGGUUUGAUAUUUCUUGCUAUGUUAUCUUAUUUAUUGCUUGCCCCAUUCCCAUGCCCCAUUGUUGUCCUUUGUAAUUGAAGAGGACCAAAAUGACAUCACAGUGUUGCGUCAGUGUAGAGUGUGUCUGACUAUGGCUGACUAAAUAAUUAACUGGCCCCUUUCCAGUGACCUUUUAGCAUAGAUAGCCUUUUAAAAAAGGCAUUGCUACAUUGGUUUUGGAAAUGCACGACCACGGGCUCCAAGGACAAAAGUGCCAUCUGUUACCCUAUCCCUUUCAUCAAACAUACUUAAUAGUUAUUUCAUGUAUUGUUGUUGUUGGAGUCAUGUCUGACUCUUCAUGACCCCAUGGACCAUACUGUUGAUGGAGUUUUCUUGGUAUAGAUACUGGAGUGGUUUGCCAUUUCCUUAUCUUAUGGAUUAAGGCAAACAGAACUUAAGUGACUUGCCCAGGGUCACACAGCUAGUAAGUGUCUAAGAUUGGAUUUGAACUCAGGUCUUCCUGACUCCAGGCCCAGCCUUCUAUCCACUGAGCCACCUAGCUGUUGUAUUUUAUAUAUUGCAGAACUUAAGAUAGGCAAAACAGCAACAACAAAAUAUCUUCACUCCCACUUGUGGUGCAUUUUUCAAACUGAGGACUUUUGAGCUAUUGAAUUUAAAAUAGAGUGCUAAUAAACAUCCUUUCCCCUCUUUCUAAAAAAAAAAAAUGCCUUCUAUUUGUUAAACCAAAUAUAAGAGCUUUGUAGUACUUUAUACAUAAUCAGAAUCUCAAUAUUUAUACGUACCCAAGCCUAACAUUCCAUAUACUUACUAGAUAUAUGAAACAUUACAGACUAUGAGUAUCAUCUGUGUAGACAUAUGAAGUCUCCUAAUGACCUGGAAUUAUCAGAUUAUUUCAUUUUUUUCCUGAAAAUAAUUUUUGACUGAGUGAUGUCUGAUAUUUAAAUGUAUUCUGCUAUUUUCUAUAGAAAUAUCAGCACUUUUGUAAUAUAUGUCUCUGUAGCAGAGAACAUUAGUUGGAUAGUGGGAUUUCAUUUUUAUAUUCUCAAAAUUCUCUUUUGUCUACUUCAGACAAUCGUUUUGUAAGCACCUUGUACAAUAAAAACAAAGCAAAAAUAAAAGUAGAUAAAUGUGAACUUGUACUUUUGAGCACCAGUUUCAGAAUUUCUAUGUACAAAAUGUUCUGUUGGAUAUUAUGGAAAUUGUGAUUAAGUUCUGUAGUUUACAGUUAAAGUUUUUUUUUGAGGGGAUUUCUAGCCCCCUUUUUAGAACAUUGGUAAUGCGAUCUUUGAAUUUUAUAUUAACUAGAUCUUGUAUUAUCCUAAAGAACACUAUUUUGAAAUUAAAGAAACAACAGCUUUAUGUUGAAUCAUU